GGCCACGGUAAGAUUUUGUCGCCCUCUCUUCUAGUACUGUAGCAGUGGUGCUCAGGACAAGAAAUUGAAGUGGUGCACAGAGAAAACAUGAGACUUUUACUUGGUCUGUUGGGGUGUUCCCUGGUAUAUAUGGUCCAAGGAUUCUACUCUGCUAGCGAUGAUGUGGUUGAACUCAACCCCUCCAACUUCAACCGGGAGGUUCUUCAGAGCGACAGCCUGUGGCUCAUCGAAUUUUACGCACCUUGGUGUGGCCACUGCCAGAGUCUGACUGCAGACUGGAAGAAAACAGCUACAGCCUUGAAGGGCAUUGUUAAGGUCGGUGCGGUGGACGCCGACCAGCACAAAUCCCUGGGCGGUCAGUACGGUGUCAGAGGCUUCCCCACCAUCAAGAUCUUCGGUGCCAAUAAGAACAAGCCUGACGAUUUCCAGGGUGGGCGCAGUAGCCAGGCCAUUGUGGACGGGGCCCUGAAUGCUCUUCACACUCUGGUGAAGGACAGGAUGAGUGGCAGGUCGGGUGGCUCUGACUACAGCAGACAGAGUGGAGGUGGUGGUGGCGGCGGCAGUAAGAAAGACGUUGUGGAGCUGACCGACGACAACUUUGACCGGCUGGUUCUGAACAGUGGUGAGGUUUGGUUGGUGGAGUUCUUUGCCCCCUGGUGUGGCCACUGCAAGAGCCUGGAGCCUGAGUGGGCGGCUGCAGCAUCGGCCGUCAAGGAGCAGACCAAGGACAAGGUCCACCUUGGAGCAGUGGAUGCCACCGUGCACCAGGGUCUGGCCAGCCGCUACGGGAUCCGUGGAUUUCCCACCAUUAAGAUAUUCAAGAAGGGGGAGGAGCCUGAGGACUAUCAGGGGGGGAGGACCCGAGGUGACAUCAUCGCCCAGGCUCUGGACCUGUUCUCCGACAACGUAGCUCCUCCGGAGCUGCUCGAGAUCGUUAACGCAGAUGUCCUGAAGAAGACCUGCGAUGAUUACCAGCUCUGUGUCAUUGCUGUGCUGCCCCACAUCCUGGACACAGGUGCAGCAGGCAGGAAUGGCUACCUGGAAGUGAUGAUGAAGAUGGCAGAGAAGUACAAGAAGAAGAUGUGGGGCUGGCUGUGGACUGAGGCUGGUGCUCAGAUGGAGCUGGAGGCGUCACUGGGCAUCGGAGGGUUCGGCUACCCUGCCAUGGCGGCCAUCAACGCCCGCAAGAUGAAGUUCGCCCUGCUCAAGGGCUCGUUCAGCGAGACUGGCAUUCACGAGUUCCUCAGGGACCUGUCUGUAGGCCGCGGCUCCACGGCUACCGUCGGGGGCGGGGCUUUGCCUAAUAUCAACUCGGUCGAGGCCUGGGACGGCAAAGACGGAGAGCUUCCCGUGGAGGAUGACUACGACCUGAGCGACGUGGACCUAGACGACGACUUUGGCAAGGACGAGUUGUGAGCCCAGCAUUCCGGUUGGACGACAUCUUGUCUGGUCUACCUCGCCAUGGCCAGUCUCUCCUCUCCCGUGGAGCAAGUUGGAGACUGGGUCGCCCUGUUACUGAAAUACCCCAGAAGAGAAAAUAAAUUAAGAGAGCGUUGCCCUGUUUGAAUACUUGAGAAAUGCAUUCUUCCCUCUGUUUCCUUCAGGUAAACACAUAUCUAUAAGCGAUUAGAUAGGUGUAAGGAAGCUUACCCCCUGAUUACUUUCAUCAAUUCAACAAAUUCAGAUCUGUGAGUACUUCAACGAAGGUUGGAAAGACAGAAGGAUGCAUUGCUGAAGUAAUUGAACCACAGGAGGCUGCUGAGGGGAGGAUGGCUCAUAAUAAUAGCUGGAAUGGAGUUAAUGGAAUGGACAGCCAUACAUGGAAACCAUGUGGUUGAGUUCGAUACCAUUCCAUUGAUUCCGUUCCAACCAUUACUGUGAGCCUGUCCUCCCCAAUUAAGAUACCACGAACUUGCUGUGAAUUGAACAGGGUCAGAGAGACACCUGCAGCUUCUCACAUCAGUCGAGUUCCACAGCUUAGACAUUGCCAGAUCUUACAAGCCUGGAUAGGUAAAAUACCUAUCAGCUAACGACAUCAUGUGUUUAUAGCAAUCUGUCAGUCGAUGAUGUGAUACGCAACCAUUGGUUGAUGCAUGCAAAGUCUAAGCAGUGUAACGCGACCAUAAUCGGUCUGCCUGUCAUGUAAAGUGGGGAGGCGUGGCCUGCGGUAGACUCUGCCUUACAGACCUACUGAAUAUUAGUCACUGCGUUAAUUAUACUGGCCUUGCCAGGUGGUUUCUGAAUAUGGCUGUCCAGUUGGAACAUUGCUUUCUGCAACCGUCCCCUCUUCCUUGUUUCGCCACUCUGACGUCAAGCUAAUCAGACAUGGUUGUAUCCAAUUUCACUUUCAUGCCCGGCCUGAUGUGACUAUAUAUUUUGGGGAUUUAGUUGUAUUUUUAUUAUAUUGUCAGUGAGAACGUUGGUUUUACAUUGUGUCUGUGCAGGACAAAGGGGAAUACCGUGGGACUUCUUGCGUAGAUUUUCCUUACACAACUUUAUUUAGAUUGUGUGAAAACAAAAUUACAUUUUUGUUAAAAAAAAUAAAAAGAGAAAACAAAGUCA